GGCGCCAAGCAUGGAGUCAGAUGAUGCACGAGAAGAAGGCAAAGAAAAAAAGAGCUCAGCAUGUCUUUCGAGCUGACAAAGAGCCUCGUGCGCCACGGGACGGCGUCAUUAAAAAGACCACCCGCGCGACGAACCCGGCUGACUACACUCUUGGACGUGCCAAGGGGACAGUGACUAGCAGCCUCAAGCGGAAGACAUUUGUGGCUGCGCUGGAUGAAUCAGAUCGCCGUCAGUAUAACGUCCUGAAGCGCUUGGAUGCUACGCAUGAGUUCGUCCAGCGUACCGAUAAGUUUAUGGAGAAGAAGUAUCGGGCAGCGCAGCGCACCAAGCGUCACGAGAUCACUGACCGCAUGGAGGAGGCUUAUGAAGCCGCUCGCGCAGCCGCGUCGAACGAUCCCGUGGAUGCAAGACAAGACGGUCGUCGACGCUAUGCUGCUGCUGCAUGGGAGACUGCUGAUGUCGAUGUCGGGGAAUCCAAGCUGCUCAGAGGAUACCCACUAUAUCACUCACGGGCCGUCGAGAGUCUCAGAGAGCAGCACCUUCGGGUCAUCGACUCAAAGAUUCCCGGGGCUGGCCGAGGCAUUACGUCUGUUUCACCACUUCGCGCAGCCGAGUCAUUCCGAGGUAUCAAGGGCGUUCUUCUGCCUGGCGGCUUGAGCGGUUCGGUUAUUCGUGAGAAGUGUCUCCAGUAUCUGAGACGGGGUUUCAAGCAGCGGCGGGGCCAGGUGACAGUGCCAUACACGUUUUAUGCAUUUGAGGUCAUCGCAAAGGGGAUGGAUCCAAGAGCUCGACAUGGUGCGUUUCUAUAUACGAGCCCAGAGAUCGAGCCGUUAUGUCUAGUCAACGUCGCUCCUGCAGGAGCAGUCGCCAACGUGGUCAUUGAUACAACAGAACGGCCGGGUGGUCACCGAAACGACGAUAUGUGGAUACCGGACGACAGACGUUUUGACUCUCUUCGAGAGGUUUUUUCUGAGGCCGAUUCUUCUCAUUCGGAGGUCACGUUUAUGGUGCCAAAGGACUACCCGGGCACAAUACCGCCAGGCAGGGAGCUCGUGACGGACACGUACAAGUUACACGACCUCUGGAGCAUGGACAUCGGACCGUAGUUUAUUGCUGCCUGUAAUACAUUACGAUACACUACUAUCGGAUCGGAUGGCAUUAUGAUUGUGAGUGGACGCACAUGCAUGGAUAUGCAGCAUGGAUGUCCGUGAACGCACACGCAUGGAUGUCCCUUAUGUC